UCCAACCGUCUCUUUGUACUUCCAUGCUAUUAGGCACCCAAGCAAUGGCCACACCACGCGACUCAGUCCUGUCGCAGCUUCGAGUAUCAGAUGGCGAAGAUGCAGAGACGCUGAAGAAAGAUGUAGACCCUUUGGUUUCCUUUGGCUGGAAGAUUGACAAUGAAGGAAUGGGUCUUGAGGCAUCCUUCAACUUUCCGACUUUUGCAAAAGCUGCUGAUUUCAUGACGCUUGUCUUCAUCCAAUCCAAGAUCUCAAAUCACCAUUCUGAGACCUACAACAUGUAUAGGACGGUGUAUCUCCAUUGGACUACCCAUAAACCUCGCGGUUUGUCGUUAAAAGAUGCCAGAAUGGCCCGAUUCUGUCACGAGCAAGCAAUUUCACUGGGAGGGCAAUAUACGGACGACAUCGACACCUGGCGGAAGGGCUGUGUGGCAUGCGAAAAUCCAAAAACGUAAUAAACUUCUAAGAGCAAAUUGUGGUUUAUCGAGAUUUAGGUCUGCGAGAUCCAUCUAGUAGGUAGUUCGUGAAUCGAAGAGAAAUAAAGGUGUC